GUUCACGAAGUAAAGCAAGGAUUGAUCUAAGGGUGUAAACCAUGUCAAUUAAAUUUGUCGACUCUUGAAAGCAGCCAGUCUAUGAACAUGCGAAUCCACCAGACCACACACAGGUUCCUCUGAGCUAGAUAUUGGCAGUAGCUCAUCGACCAAGCGCAAUAUUAAAUUGUACAAUCGAAAUGCUGCAGCGCAUGAGCGCGCGGUUUCAUGGCGACGGCUCCAGAACUCCAACCCCGCAAUGCAACCAUCGUGAAGCGGAGUCGCUGACAGUCGUCAACCAUGGCAGAAUCCAAUCCUGUUCCUCAGACCACCAACGCCCUUCUUCUCGUCGAACCCCAGGACUAGACAAGCCCAGAGAUCUUCAGAGGAGAAACCGCUUACAAGAAAGCAGCGAGAGCACCGGCAACAGCGAGCAUGCUGAGGCCAGGGACGAAGGCAGCAACGGCGAAGGACUUCAUUUUGAUUGUGGGUUGGGUAUUAUUACGCGGAGGUAUUAAGUAUAGGUCGUUGAAAAACGAGUGAAAUCGGCGGAGACCGGUGUAUUAAGUAGCGAGUGUGUGGUGAGGAAAGAAAAUCCGCAGAUGGGCUCA